GCUUUGCCGCAAGCUCUCCUCUUUCAAACACUUUAUCCAUCCUCCCUUCUACAUACCACAUCACCUUUACCCCGUCAGAUGGAUUGACGACACGCUGGCCUUGUCGAAUAUCCUUACCCCAAAGCUUUACUUUACUUAAUCCUAUAGCCAUCGAUUUACAGCGCGUCUCCUUCAUCUUUUUCCGAAGCUACCUUUUUUCGAAGUCGCUGGCUGGUUGCAGCUCCACAAUCAUCAUGGCUUCUCCACAACCUCCACAGCCGCAGCUGUCCGCCAAAGGAUUACGUGCGGCCCAAAAGCGCGCCCAGCAACCACGGAGCCCUCUCCUGGCGAUAGAUUUCUUUUCAAUCGCCUAUCGCAUCAUACCGUGGACACGGGCUGUUCUCUAUCUGGUUGCUGCAGCUGUAGGAUCGUACGUCUCGCAGCUGUCGCUGGCGCCGGUAUACGGCGAGAUACCCUCGUCGCUCCACCACGACAAGAUUGUCAGCGGUAUGUUCUUUUCGGUCUGGCUUUUGAAAGGCCUUGUCAGGAAAUUCCCGGUCAAGUUGUCGGCAUUGAUCCCAGUGCUGGUGUUGCACACCCCCGGAGUUCUGCACUUCAUCUUUCGUUACUCAACCAAAUGGGGCGCUAUCAACGGGCCGAUCUACACUGAAGCGCUGACGUACUACCCGGUUCUAUUCCUGAGUGUGUACGCUGCAGCUACGCUGAUGGAGUUCAACAACAUCGUCUUGGACGCUAUUCCCGCCGGUAUUUCUUACGCCAUCUUUAGCAUCGCGCGUAGCACCAUUCCCGGUCUCCUGCAGAACCACAUCGGAUCUUCAUGGGCACUGACUCGGUGUGGGUUGCAUCAUGUCCUGGGAGGCCUGUACGCGGCCCUCUCGCCGAGUCUCCUGUUGGCGACAACUAUCGCCGCUAUCUUCCAUUCGGCAAACGAUAAUCCGAUGUGCAUUCUGACGCCGGCGUUAAACGAGACAUUGGCGGCACACAACCAUACCCUCAUUGCUAGACACGAGAGCAACACGGGAUACAUCUCGGUCUUGGAGAACUUUCAGGUCGGAUAUCGAGUGCUGCGUUGUGAUCACUCGCUGCUAGGAGGCGAGUGGCAGCGUCCACCGAUCGGCUUUGAGCAUAUGGACCACCCGAAUUUCAAGGAGCCCAUAUAUUCGAUUUUUGUCAUCAUGGAGGCUGUCCGCCUGAUCGAACCGGCACCAAAGAGUCCUAACCCGAAGGCAUUGGCGAUUGGUCUGGGAAUCGGCACCUCGGCUGAUGCGCUGAUCAAGCAUGGCAUUGAGACGGACAUCGUUGAGCUGGACCCGAUUGUCUAUGAGUAUGCCCUGGAGUACUUCGGGCUCGAGAAAAACCACACGGCGUAUAUCGAGGACGCGGUUGGUUUUGUGAAGAGGGAAGCUGCCAAGAGUGAGGAUCCGAAGAAGUACGACUACAUCUUGCACGAUGUCUUUACUGGAGGCGCCGUACCUGCUAGUCUUUUCACAUCGGAACUGUUCGAGGGUUUGAGUCAAAUGCUGAACGAUGAUGGAGUUAUCGCCAUUAAUUGGGCCGGCGACUUGAAAUUACGGGCAGCGAGAUCCAUAAUUGAGACGGUCCGAAAAGUGUUCCACAACUGCCGCGUGUUCCGCGAGGAAAUGCCGAGCGAGGACAUCAAAGAGGCAAAGAUGGACUUCACAAACAUGGUGAUGUUCUGUACCAAGUAUACGGCACCAUACGAAUUUCGGGCGCCUGUGGAGUCCGACUUCCUAGGCUCGUAUGCACGGCAAAGGUUCCUGUUCCCCAGGUACGAGAUCAACCUCGAGAAAUACUGGGCGGAUAUUGCGGACGAUAGCUAUGAGAUCCUCACCGAGAGCAACAUCGGCAAGCUCAAUGCCUGGCAGAAGAUAUCCGCCGUCGGUCACUGGGGCGUCAUCAGGACUGUUGUGCCGGAUGUUGUUUGGGAGAACUAUUAGUGGUAUGACUCGGAGACUUUUUGGGGUUUUGGUAGGUGGGUUUUGGUGGGCGGGUUUUGGAUGGGGCUUUGGGUUGAUGUGAAGAUGGUACUCUAAAUUGUAUCUGGUUUGCUUGCUGUCCUGCUGUUCGAAUAAGCAUGUUCCUAUCAUCUAUCUGAUUUAAUCAAAGUACACUUAUACCCUCUACCACUUUGAUAUCUAGUCCAGUGCGAAUGAACAAAGAAAGUCACAAUACCCAACCAUCCCAUCCCAUCCCGUGACCCAACCCGGCCCCCGGGUCCUCCAUUCAUUUCUCGAUCGAGUGAUAUUUACCCCAGACGACCGUAACGAAUCACGGCGCGAUCACUCAUCACUCACACACACUGAGAGGAAGCAAACGGUUGCCAUGCCAUGCCCAUGCCCAUGCCCAUGCCU